AUGGCCACGACUAGUGAAGAUCGUACACACACUGGAAGAGUCGUGAAGAUAUACGACAUUCCGCAAGAAUUGGCAGAUACAGCUGCCAUCCCUGAUUACCUUGAAGAUAGUUUCCGUGGAAGAUAUAAAUAUAUUCCGCAUGCAAGUGGCAUUCAUGCAAUAUUGAUGUUCGAUUCACGAGCAGAUGCAGCCACGUUCAUGAAAGAAGAAAAUAAGAUUACCAGUCAAAUAAAAAGAGUACUCUGUGAUGAGGUUUUAGAGGGAUUUCAAGCAAAUGUGACAUCAUGGGUAUCUGGGACAUUGUCUGAUGAAAUAAUCAGCUCAGUAGAGAAGAUUGCAGCCGUGAAAGUAUAUAGAAAAAAUGGCCAGCAGAUUGUACAUGCAGCAACCUUAGAUGAACUUGUUAAAGUGGAGUCAAUGCUGUAUGCAUUGCUUCUCCGGUCGCCCACAAAUACUGGGAAUUCACUUGAACGUGGUGUUGAUGAUGAUGUAGGAACUUCACUAAUGUCAGAUGUGGUAACAUCAUCCUCUGACUAUACAGUUGAUGUGGAAGAUACAGAUGAUGAUACAAGGCUUGAGGUAAUGCCACCAAAACCGUCCACUUAUCGAAAUGAAGAACCUUCAUCACUGGUGGGAUCUAAUCAAAAAUCGCCUAUUGUACACCCCGAAGCACUAACUCAGCCCGAGGGAAGGAGUGAUAUAGAACACUCAUUGGAUCUUGACAAAUGCUUGGAGCGGUUAUCUUUGGCAUACAGAACGGCAAAAGGUGUUACAGUAUCGGUAUACCUUGGUGACAUUACUCGUGAAGAUACCGAUGUCAUCGUCAAUGCGUCUGACUCUAAGCUCAGACAUGGCGGAGGUGUAGCUGGCGCAAUUAGUGUAGCAGGUGGUCGCGAAAUACAGAGAGAAUCUACAGAAUACAUCCAGCAAAAUGGAGAAUUGCGAGUGGGAGGUAUCUGUCAUACAACUGGUGGCAGGCUUAAAUGCAGGCAUAUUAUUCAUGCUGUUGGACCAGUGUGGGGAAGGCGUGGCCAUUAUUCAAGACAUGGCAUAGAGACCCUUUAUAAAUUGCUCCUUGAUGUAUUUGAAUAUGCGGCAGAUGUUCUUAAAGCAAAGUCUAUAUCGAUUCCAGCCAUCAGUUCAGGAAUAUAUGGAAUGCCAUUGGAUUUGUGUGCACACACUUUCCACCGUGCUGUAGAAGCCUUCUCCAAUAGUGAUGACACUGGGCUGACUGAAAUUCGUAUAGUUAACAUUGAUGCUGAUGCUGUUGGUGCAUUCAUAUUAGAGUUCUGUGGAGCUGGAAGUGUAGACCUCCCUGAGACGGAAGACGACGUCAGCGGUGCAUGGGGUGGUGACUUUGCUGCAGGGUUUGAUUUUGAUUAUCAAUCAAUGCACUCUGGUUAUGAUUCUCUAACCGGAGGUAUGGAUUUUGUACAAUCAGGUUAUGAUGGUGAUACAGGACGUUUCAUUGGGUCUUUUGAAGAUGCAUUACCACCCAGCGAGAUAUCUUCUAUGGGCCUACCUCUGGAUGAAGAUCAUCCUUUCAAGUUGACUGACUUGCGUGAUUCUCCAGAUAGUAGUAACACUUCAACUGAAUUCAAGAAGAAUGAUGCUACUUUAGAUGUUGAGAAAGGACCUUUAACAAUGCCAAGUCAAGAAUGUGUCAUCGGUCCAGAGUUGCAACAACCUUCAUCUGUGAUGAAAGAUGAAAUCAUUUCUACAGUAGAUGAAGAUGACAGUGACAGUGACUUUGACUUUUAG